CAGUUGAUAAAAGGAAUCAUUGGCAUCUACUGCUCCAGACAUAAUUGGGUACUUUGAAUUCAGUAUUGCUUUUCGACAGCAUAGCUUCUAAUUUCGCACCUCAGAUACGUGGCAUAUAUAAAAUGAACCAAUUGAGGACUUUUAAUGACAAAAGGCAGUUUCAGCCAUUUGAUAGGAUAAACGAGUCUCAAGAAACUCUGAACCAAACACAAACCGCAGCUACAAGGCAUUUGAAUUGGCUCAAGAUUACCAAAGUAGCUAUUCUGAUAGGCUCGUGGUUCACUGUCUCUAUUUCAUUGCAUAUGCUCAACAAAUGGAUGUUUUCAAAAGAGCAUUUUGCAUUUCCAUUUCCAGUUUUUACAACAAUGUUUCAAAUGAUUAUUCAGUUUGGACUUUCAGGGCUUAUCAUGGUGACUGCUUUACCCAAACUACUACCAGACAAGAUUCCACGCGCAUAUGAUUACCUGACUAUCGUGCUACCAUGUGGUAUAGCAACUGCACUUGAUAUUGGACUGUCAAACAGUAGUCUCAAGAGUAUCACACUUUCAUUUUACACCAUGGUUAAAAGUGCCUCACCAGUGUUUGUUUUGUUAUUUGCAUUCAUAUUUGGAUUCGAGCAGCCAAAGUUUUCAAUGCUCGUUGCGAUUCUGGUCAUUGUCAUGGGUGUAUGGAUUAUGGUAGCCAACGAAACCAAAUUUGACGCAGUGGGGUACACUGAGGCGCAGAUUGCAACGAUUAUGUCUGGACUGCGGUGGACACUAACACAACUAUUGCUACGAAGCACAACAUUUGGAAAAGGAAACCCACUAGCCACAGCAUUUUUAGUAUCGCCAGCUGUAGCAGUGUCACUGUUUGUAGCAUUCCUUAUCAUGGAGGGAUUCAGUAGUUUGGCUGGUUCAUUUCAUUUUGCUACACCUGCAAGCAUUUUUCAAAUAGUUGGACUACUGUUUGUAAACGGCAUGGCAUCGUUUGCUGUGAUCCUUUUGGAACUCAAUGUUAUUGCAGAAACAUCAGUCGUGACUUUUUCAGUAGCAGGCAUUUUUAAGGAGAUUAUUACAAUUGCGGUGUCUGCAUUCGCGUUUGGAGAUAGAUUCACUGGAAACGUAUUGUUUGGACUUGCCGUAAGCAUUGCUGGAAUCGCAGGAUACAACUAUAUUCGAUUUAAAGAAGGUCAGCAGUGUGGUUCAAAAAAAGGACAUGGUCCAGACACACCAGAUACAGACCAUACAUGGCAGUUGCUAUCGUCCUCGGACGAUAUGUAUGAUGUUGAAUUAGAACUUGAGCUUCAACUUCAACUUCAAGCCAAAUGAAUACCCUUAGAUUC